AUGCAGAGCCCCGAGCCCUUGCUGGACGUCGUCCGCGGCCUUUCCACGGUGGCGUCGUUCAGCAUCGUGUUCACGCAAGUCGCGGACCUAUGGAAGAACUUGUUUGAGGACGACUGCUGGAAGUGCAGGGGCACGGGGCAAGUUGUGUGUCCCAAGUGCCGUGGCACGAAGGACGCGCGCACGAAGCCCAUGAUGUUCAAGAAGGAGCAGGUCGACGGCGAGGUGCUUCUCCGCCUCCAGGACAAGCCGGAGUACCACUACCCGUGCAGCCAUUGCGGCCCCUCGGCGCCGCAGGACUGGAAGCUGGAGUGCCUCGACGACGACGAGGACGCCGCGACGCGCAUCAUGAACAACCUCCGCAAGGCCAUGGCGAACCGCCGCGUGCAGCCGUUCGAGCCCACCGCCGGCUGCGUGCAGUGCCCCGCCUGCGGGGGCAACCCGGUCAUCCACCGACACACCCCCAACCUGACCAAGGUGCUCGGGUUCGAGAAGCCGUUCUGGAUGACCACGCAGGUCAAGGCCGGACGCGUCGUGCUCCCGAACGACUUCGACAAGAUCGGGAGGUACCACAUGAAGGAGUAUCCGAACACGAAGGACCCGGUUGUGAAGGGGCAGGAGAAGUCGGACGCGGCGGAGAGCAAGUCGGUGGUGGCCAUGUCGAGCAGGGACGCGUACCGGCCAGAAGACUUCGUGUACCCGUGGAUCGACGACGACGACACGGACGAGGACGAGUGA